GUGACCGAUGACCCCCCCGCAUGCUCAAAGGGAAAGGCCCCCGCAAACCUGAGCGAUUUUGGUCCAUACCGGACCUCUUUCUCCUUUCUCCUCUUUUUUUCCCCUUCCACCUUUCUUUUUUUUUUUUUUGGCCUUACUUCUCUCUAUUCUUCUCUCUCUCUCUCUCAUAUUACUCCUUCUCGCACUCGUUGCUAUUCAACUUCUCUCAACCACUCCAUAUUACUCACUCCGCAUCCUUCCACCUGCGCUUCUGAAGGCGUCUCCGUGUCUGUGGGGGCUUCAAUUCCAUUGAACGCUUCCUCAACUCUCACCAUGGCAUCAUUCAAGGAAUUGUCCAUGUCGCGUCCUCUCCCCAACCCCAGCCAGCGAUCCCACGCGCACUCCAUCUCGCUGGGUGCGGUCAAUUCACACCACCGUGUCACACGCCGCAAGAGUGUCACUACCGCGGCCGCCAAUGCCGCCGCUGCGGUCGCUGCCUCCAUGGAAGGCGGAGAGUCCACCUCGCUACCCAUGGCGCACCGCCGUACCCUAGGAGGCCGCAAGGGACUGGAAUCCGGGUCUGUCGGCAACGUGUCAGGUUUCAGCUCAUACCUCUCCCGCAGCAUCAACAGUCCUAGCCAGGAACCGCCGGUCGCCCGCAAGGGCUCCCCUGGGUCGGAAACUGAUGCCAAACUAAAGAACCGGAACCGUCGCGCCAGCGAGGGUGCCAUACUGAAGACUGAAGGGAAGCGUGUUCCGGCAGACCUGCGUUGCGAUCGCUGCGGGAAAGGGUAUAAGCAUGGCAGCUGCUUGUCCAAGCAUAUGUGGGAGCACGACCCAGCAUGGGCCGUUACUUCAAAGCUUCUCAUCUCUAAGCACCAGCAGGUUCAACUGCUGGAAGCCGCCUCCGUUCUGGUCACCAUGAACCACGACGAUCCCCCCGAUGAGGCCGCUGAGUUGGCCGAACUGGAGUCAGAACUGUCUUCGGGAUCACCGGACGCUUCGUCCGAGGUGCGGGACGGAAUCAGCUCUGCUGAAACCACGCCACCCCCGAUGGACGAGGAGGAAGACGACGAUUUCGAGAUGUCCGGCGUGCCGGCCCACUGGGCCAAGCGACCCAGCGUCAGCAACGCCUCGGGUUUCUCUCGUUCCUACCAGUCCAUUCCUUCCAGCUCGUACAACGAAAGCGCGCCACUGCACUCCCCUGCCUUCUCCCACUUCCGCCACUCGAGCAUCGACACCCGUCCCUCGACCGCCGACACAAGGUUACACGAAGAUGAUGAGGCGGAUCUUGCCGCGGCCAUCGGUCUCUGCAAUUUCGGCACUCCCCGCACCGGGCCCGUCUCCAUGACUCCGGACGUACCGCCAGUGCCUCCACUGCCCGCGCGCUAUCUCGACUCGAGCAGCCACCCGAGUAACCAAAGCCCCCACUUGGCUCAGCCGCGCCCCGCCGAGCAAGCCCGCCGAGAUUCCGAGGCCAACAUCUUCAUCUCUCGAUCGCUCAACCCGUCGCUGUCAUACAAGGUGUCGGAUGAGCGUGAGGUCCGCACCAGCGGCAAGGAGGCCCAGGAAUCCCGCCAGCGCCGCAACGCCGACGUGGACUUUGGCAACCGCUCCGCACCAGCCGACGAUGAUGAUGACGGAGUCUUUGGCCGCAUGGAAGAGUGAAGACUUAAUCCUUCCAGUGUCUUCAGUCACCCGGUCCCUGCGACCCAUUUCACGAUCUCAUGUACGAGCUUGAGCGAAUUUUUGAACCUUCUUGUUUACAUGUUUACGACCACCCCAGAGAGAAAUAGAGCCGUGGUCCAGCUUAGUCGUUCUCGCUCUUUCUCAACGGCGUGAGCCAUUCUCGGGACCUUUAUUUACCUUUCGAGAUCCCAUGUAUCAACCAUGUCUCCUUGGCCCGUUUUGUGCUUUCUGCUUUGUGUUUUUGUCUUGUUCUUGGAAACUCCACCUUAAACAGUCGUCUUUGUAUGACUGGCGCAUGUUCACCCCCCAUCAAUACUCAUACUCAUACUCAUACUCAUUUGGACUUGUGUCUGUUUCUCACGUCCUCAUGUUUCGUUUGUCCUUUUUUGGUCUCUUUCUGUUUUUGUGUUUGUUUUUGUUCUUUUUCGCCUCGCACAUAUAUACCAAACCAAAUCCUACGAUCCGCCCUUGACUUUUCAUCCCCAUGUGUAUCUCGUCCGUUCUCUCCGUUUCUCCGUCCUCUUUGCCUUCUCUCUCACACUCACAUUCUCUCUCCCUGUCUCUUUUUCUCGAUUCCUCUCUCUCCAUAUCUCUCGCCUCGGUCUCUCACUUUCGUGUACUCAGUGACUCUCGGACGGGGCUCACAAUGAAUAUAACUCAUGAAACUAUAUGAUCUUAGCAUUGUAGAUUUGUAGAUAUAUGAGAAUUGGGAUUUGUG